UUGACCUUUAGCCAAGUGUCCCGUACAAGUCCAGAGUCAUAGAAAUUUCACCCUGUGACUCAAAAGAACUCAUAAGGGAGUGGAUCCCAAAGAAGAAAGAAGGUCAGGAAUAAAUGUAGUGGGACACCAGAAAUGCACCAUGGACAAGGACAACUGUACUCCCAAAUUCUCACGCAAGACCCUGACUGCACCAGCCCCAUUUGCAGAUGAAUCCAGCUGCCAGUGCCAAGCGCCUCAUGAAAAACUGACCAUCGCCCAGGCCCGCUUAGGAACGCCAGUUGACAGGCCUGUCAGAGUCUAUGCAGAUGGAAUAUUUGACCUCUUCCACUCGGGUCAUGCAAGGGCACUUAUGCAAGCUAAAACACUGUUUCCCAACAGCUACUUGUUGGUAGGAGUUUGCAGUGAUGACCUUACUCACAAAUUCAAAGGGUUUACUGUGAUGAACGAAGCAGAGAGAUAUGAAGCCCUCAGACAUUGUCGCUAUGUGGAUGAAGUCAUCAGAGAUGCACCAUGGACUCUCACUCCAGAGUUUCUGGAAAAACACAAGAUUGACUUUGUGGCUCAUGAUGACAUUCCAUAUUCUUCUGCUGGUUCUGAUGAUGUUUAUAAGCAUAUAAAGGAAGCAGGCAUGUUUGUUCCAACACAGAGAACAGAAGGCAUCUCAACAUCAGACAUCAUUACCAGAAUUGUCCGUGACUAUGAUGUUUAUGCCCGACGCAACCUGCAGAGAGGGUACACAGCCAAGGAACUGAAUGUCAGCUUUAUAAAUGAGAAGAAGUAUCGGUUCCAGAACCAGGUGGACAAGAUGAAAGAAAAGGUCAAGAACGUGGAGGAAAGAUCAAAGGAAUUUGUUAAUAGAGUAGAAGAAAAGAGUCAUGACCUAAUUCAAAAGUGGGAAGAGAAGUCAAGGGAAUUCAUUGGCAACUUCCUGGAACUGUUUGGACCGGAUGGUGCAUGGAAGCAGAUGUUCCAGGAGAGGAGUAGCAGGAUGCUACAGGCCUUAUCCCCGAAGCAGAGCCCUGUGAGCAGCCCGACCCGGAGCCGGUCCCCAUCCCGUUCCCCAUCUCCCACCUUCUCAUGGCUCCCAAACAAAACCUCUCCACCGUCCUCACCCAAAGCAGCCUCAGCCUCCAUCAGCAGCAUGAGUGAGGGGGAUGAGGAUGAGAAGUAAAGGUGGCUGGGCAGCAAGAGCCACACCACACAGGAUGGGGAGGGGGUCCCGGGGACGCCUGGGUGGUGUUUGAAGGGGAAUAGUCGUGGGAGCUGCAGCUCAGCAGGGAGACCAGAGUUCUGCCAUGGGAAGGGGUCAUCUCCCUUUCCUUCUCCACACAGCCUGGCCUGAGCUCAGCAUGGAGGUUUCCAGCUGGAAAACCACAAACCUUCUUAGCAUCAUAGAAUCACCCCACUUUAACCUGCUGAGAAAAGGUGCAGAGCAUCCCCAUGGAAUGGGGUGACUUCUGCUUUAGUCCGUACAGCCAUCCACAUCCAAUAAGCCACCCGUGGAAGCGGCUGCUGCCUCACCCUACUAUUUCAGGUCCUUUGAGGGCCUUGCACGUUGCCUCCUAUCACCCAAGCUCUCCCAGAAUGAACUCCCUUCCAACCAAGGUGGUCAAGUGCUUUCCAAAUAGGCAAGUUAAAGACAAAUCCCAGCCUUCUCAGUUUAGCCACUAAGACUUGACGAUGCAAUGCAUCAACUCUUGCCUGCUACAGGACUGUGACUCAGAGACAACUUUGCUUUGGCCAGAUAGAAAAAGUGAUCUAGUGUGAACCUUAACUUCUCAUUCAAAGAACAGUUGUGUCACGGUGAACUCCACUUAAGGCCUGACAUGCUUCUGGCUGUACUUUCUCAUCAUUGGUGUGACUUCAUUGUUUUCCAGAAACUACCUGAAUUGAUGGGAAUUACAACAAGGAAACAUAACCUGUGUAAAAAGAAAUAAACAAACCAACCAGGAGCUGAUUUGCUUGGCUCCAUGUAUGGAAGAUGAAAAUUGUCUCUUGGACCUUCUUCUUAAAGGAUGCUGUUAUGGAAUGGCUCUCUCCAUUUCUAACCAGUUCACCAGUUUCAUAGACCUAAGUAACAGUUUGAUGUACCAAACACUUAGUAUACCGAUAGGGGGUGCUACCUGCACGUAUCUGUUCUAUGUAUGUUCCAAAUAUACCACCCCAGGGUGUACACCAUAUGCAAUAUGAAUUUACGGUGGUGGCAUUUUACUAUAUAUACUCCUGUCCUGCUCUCUUCCCUGAUACCCUGCUAAAAUCCUUGAUCUAAAGAACCCUCUGGUCCCCUCGUGACUUGGGCAAUUUGUCAAAAGCUCCCAUCAGAUUCCUGUAGAAAUGUUUUGUCUCAGAAAAUUGUUGUUUGGGGUAAAGGGAAGUUCCCAAGAGUCUUGCAAAGAACUAGAGGCUCAUCCCUUCAUAUGAUCUAGGUAGUACUGAAGUCAUUUCUGGCCCUAGCUUCUCUGAAUGGGUUGAAGACUCUCAGAUUGCUGCAGAGAUGUCUGAAGUCACUGCUCCCUAAUCAUAUGCAGAGCCUGAGCAGACACAGCCAAGGCUUAGAGCCAACAUCUUGGGUAGAAAUAGAAUUUCCUGGAUAUUGUGGUAAAGUCAGAACUGGGGCUUGACUGAAUAAAGGUCUUAACCUGCAGCCUGUGGGCAGAGCUCAGCAUCUCUGAUGACAGAAGCGUCCCUUUUCAGAGGCCUUGGGAACAAGCCUUCUAAGAGCAACCAGUGAAGAAAGGUGGCAUGUCUUUCCCCUUUGUGUUGGGGUUGAACUACCUCCCUACUCACCUGGAGACCAGUGGUGAUUGUUGGAAAGCAAAACUUUUAUGCUAAGCUAUCUUGGAACCUCCUUGAUCCUGGUACUUUCUCCAGAACUCUGUAAAGUGCUCGUGCAGGACAGGGAGUUGGUGGGAAUGUGCCCUAUGAGAAAGUAAGCUGUUUUUGCAGUUAAGGCCCUCCGAGAGCAUUGUUCUCCAGAGAGAGGCAAGGGCUUCCAUACUUCCAUUGUGCCAGUUUGACCUCAGCCUUCCACUAUGCACCCAUUUCAGCUGACUGAUACUUCCGGCAGUGAAAGGACAAGGAGAUCAACCAAGCAGGGGAAGAGAACAAGAGAAGAGGAGAAAAGAGGCUCCUGGAGAGAACGGAAGAUAAAAGAAAGUCCUCUCAAACUAUUUGAGGAUCUCAUUUUAUGGGGGACAUUCUCUUGAGGAAUCCUUGUAAUGCUACGACUACAUGACCCAGGGUGGGUAGAUAGAUCCACUUUUACCUGAGUCUUGCUCUGGGGCAAAUAAUGGAGUUGAUGUAUCAGGCUGACUGGAACUGUGCAGGCCCUACACACUGUAUUGACAGGUGUGAUAUGCAUGACUCAUCAGAGUACCACCACCGUAGCUGCCAAUGAUGGGAAAUGACCAACGCCUGAAAUAGUCAAGGUAUGGGCCCAAACAACCCAUAAAGUGGGUUUUUAAUCUCCUCAACCUCCAACAGCACCUCCUCGCCUUCCUAAAGCUGCAAGUCUUUUAAGAAGGAAUGGGGAGGAUUCUGCUUUUCAACCUUUAUACUUCUUGGCCAUCUCUCAGUCGUUCCCAGCUCUUAACUCUACCCCACCUCUCCCACACCCAGGAGGAACGGGGGCUGCACUUUGUUUGGGCCAUCCAGUCAGCUGUAAUGGCCAAGAACAAGUUAAGGAUGAACUAAGAACUUAAGGUAGGCUACAAGCUUGGAGAGGUAAGCAGAAAUGUCAGAGAGCAAGGAAAGAGGCUCUUUUUGCUCUAGAAAGGAAGAAAAUUAGGAUGUGAAUGGGGUAGGUUAUGCAGAGGGAGAAAAUGAGACUGGAAGUUGGUGGGUGUGGGAGGGUAUGUAUUUUCUACUUCCUUUCCAGGCUUCACUUGGCCCCUAACAGGUAAAAGAGGAAGGGUUCCAUUAGACACAGCAGAUACCCAUGCAGCAACAGGUGCUUCUUCCUCCUGUUAGCAACACCCAUAUCCUCCCUGAAACCAAAUGCAGACCCUCUUUGUAUAAACAACAGGGGUGGAGUUGUAAUGUGAUAGUCACAUUGAAUGGCCCAUUUCUGGCAAGAAAACACCUCUGUGCCAGGACAUUCCUGAGGCAAAGGCAAACCAGCCCCAUGACAGAUGUAGUGCGGUUUCCUUCUUGCUCUUGGUGCAAGAGACACAGCUGCUCUACAACUUAGGCUACUGGAUAGUGUGAUUACUCUGGAGUGGGGAGAGUGGCUACAGGAAGAACACAGCUUAUUCUCUCUCCAUCUUCAGAACUUUACUAUCCAGUCAUGCCCCAGAGGAAGACAUGUGAUGGUGACUGGCUCAGCUACAUCUAGCAGAGAUGAGCCUGUUUCUCAGGCAUCCCCUCAGCACUAGUCCUAACCAUCUAGUUUUGAAAAAAGAAAAGGAAAGGAAAAGAAGAAAUAGCUUAUCAGGCAUUCUCAACUUCUCUAGUUUUUUAGUGUCACUGCAGUAGUGUGUCUGGGGACAAAGCCAUAAGAACAGCAUACAUACUCUGCUAUAUAUAUAUAAGACAAUGCGUCUGGAUUAAAGAAUGACCUUAUGCCCAAGCAUUUGCUCUGGUGCUGAUUAAUGUGAACCACUGGAAUCACCCCACCACCACUCACAGCAACUCCUACGCCCCACCCCCAGGCCCCCACCUCCCAAAUGAACCACAGUAUUCCCGAUUCCUUUAUAAAUAAAGGGAUGCAGAGUUGCUCUUUUGCUUGCUUGCUGUGUGUUCUUCUGUGUUGGUUUGUGUUCCUGUCUGGGAGGUGUAGUUCAAUGUGGAUAAAUACAUGCAUUGUAGUAGCUGCCCUGGGAUAGUGGCUGGCUGCCCAGCUGUGACCCCAGCUGGAAGGAUCUCACCCUACUAUCUGUUGAAUGAGGCCAAGUCUUGAAGUUGGUAGUGAUAACUAUCUUGUGAUAGGCUUAACUAUCACUUACAAGAUAGUUAGGAACAGACUCACCUCACAAAAUGUUACAGGAAGAGCAGUUUUCAUAUAGGAAGCUCCAUUCCUACAGUAACAAUAAUUAUAACACUAGAAAAAUUACACCAGUAUAUUAAGCUGUUAGAAGGAAUUGUUGAGGGGCUGGAGAGAUGACUCAGUGGUUAACAGUGCUCACUGCUCUUCCAGAG